AUGGCACUAUUACGGUCGCCGGAUGUGAUGCUUCAAUUUUGGCUUCGUGUUGGCAAAAUUGACAACACUGGUGGUACUGGCUUUUGCGAGGAGGAUGACGAGGAGAUUUUUGUAUUGGAUUAUGAAAUGUUAUGUAAACUGAUUCAAGAGAUUGAAAAAAUAACUGCAGUUGCGUGUAAAUUAGAACGUUUGCGUCUGAAAUAA